GGAAGUUGAAAGGGACUAUGAAUGUCAAACUGUAGCAUGGUGGGCUGCGUUUUCUAGUAACCUACAUUACAAAUAUGUCAGGCUACAGUUUAUUUAGGAUAGCCACGUUAACAAAAUGCAUCACAACCAACGCUGCAACGUCGCUGUGCAGGACGAACGUGUUAAACAGAAUACAGACAUGUGGAUAUGCUAAGAAAGUUGCGGCCAAAGGGAAAGGUAAAGGCAUGGUGAAAGAAGAUCUGAAAGGCCCGGAGGUGUGUAAAGACCCUGUCAGACUGACUUCUUAUGCAGUAGGAGUAAACAUCCUGAAGCAAGGAGAAGACCCCCAUCUGAAGCCCCCUGAUCAAUAUCCAGAGUGGUUGUUCCAGUUGAACCUGGGAGAGCCCAAAAAGCUGCAGGAGCUGGAGUCGGACACCUGGGAAUACUGGAAGCGUCUGAGGAAGGAGAACAUUUGGCGUUAUAACAGACUACAUAAAGGGAAGAAGUUUUAGGCCUUCGCCGGACUGACAGAGGGUUUCUUCCCACACGUCGGGUUGCUACAGACUCGGUGGACUGAAUUAUCUGACAUGCUGUUUAUGCAGAGCCAGAGUUCAGCUUCCUGGUGAAUCAUUAUCAUUAGACCAACACUUUGUCACUUCCGUGUGUUAAUACCUGAAAGCUAUAAGAAAUAUCAUGUUGGUUAUGGUUAAAAAAAUAAACAUACCGCCAGAGUAAAGCCUCAACAAUGCAACUUUCUCAACCAAAAACUGAACAUCAUACGCAUUAUUGACCUUGGAAACAGUAUUUGGCAAAACAACCUCACCACCAGGUCCAUUUGACCGUUGUUCUGGAGCUUUCAGUUGUACGACACAACCGUCUUCAGCAGAUGGUACUUAAAGUUGCAAUGAAUUUGUGGACCUACAAAUCUUAAAUAUCAUGCGAUAAGAUCGAAAGCUCUCAAACUUAGUGGUGAGAUUGUUUAGUCAAUUUCAAUAAGGUAGUUGUAUUUGGUUCAGGGUUCCUGCAUUGCACUGAAUUAGUUUGUACCGGUUCAUCUUUUUUUGUUUUUUUUCUAUUGCCCAUAUCUGAAAAGAAAUGGCCUGCUCAUAUUUCCAGAAAUGAUCAUAAUGAUGUUCCCUAUGUUUUUCUUUUCUUUUUGCAAAAUCAUAAAUAAAUAGGAAUAAGUAAA